CAUCUUGUGCCCGGGGCCGGCCCAGCCAUCGCCCGGCAACGGCGGCGGGUCCGGCGGAGUCCCGCAGGCCGGGAUAGCAAAGCCGGGCCGCGCCCCAAGAGUGCUAACAAGUACAGAGAACAUCUCAUGGAUUUUGUGAGUACAAAAGGGGCAAGUGAAUUCUAAUUUAGAAGCCAGGAUGGAAGUCUUAAUGCCCGAACCUCAGAUUUAUGUGGAAAGAACUCUGGCUAUCAUCAAACCAGAUGCCAUUGGUAAAGAAGAAGAAAUAGAGGAUCUCAUUCUCCAAUCAGGAUUCCACAUCAUUCAGAAACGGAAGCUCCAGUUAAGCCCAGAGCAAUGUAGCAACUUUUAUGCAGAACAAUUUGGAAAAAUGUUUUUUCCUAAUUUAACAGCCUAUAUGAGUUCUGGUCCUAUAGUUGCUAUGGUUCUUGCUAGAAAUUGUGCAGUCUCAUAUUGGAAGGAAUUGCUUGGACCAUCCAACAGCCUAAGAGCUAGGAUAACUCACCCCCACAGCUUAAGAGCACUCUAUGGGACUGAUGAGCUGAGGAAUGGGCUCCACGGCAGUCUCAGCAUCUCCUCAGCAGAGAAGGAAAUUCGGUUCAUAUUUCCAGAAGCAAUCUUGGAGCCAGUUCCCACUGGACAAAGGGCUCGGGAUUACCUGAACCUGUAUGUGAAGCCCACGCUGCUGGCAGGGCUCACUGCCCUGUGCAAAGAGAAGCCAGCAGACCCCAUGAUUUGGCUUGCUGACUGGCUGAUUGAACACAAUCCUAAUAAACCUAAGCUCCAAUAUCACAUCUCUCAGUAAGAGCAUCAGCAGCGAGAGCUUGGUGGAAACCAUCUCACACAUUCCAAGUUACAGAUGUGCAUUGUCAUUUUUGGUGUGUCCUUUGACUAUAUAACCAAUACUGUCUAAAGUAAGGGCAUUUGUCAUAACUGCUUGUGUCCUCAUGGGACAAAUAACCCUACACUUAACCAGGAUGUAGUGGUUCUAAUACCUUCUCUGCUGACAAAGUGAAUGUAGAAUUACACAAUAAAUUUAUGGCAUUGGGUGAUUAGAGAAAGACAACGUUCUCAGUGGGUGUGACUUACUGCUGUUGUCCACAUUUUUCUUAGUUUGGCUGUGAGAACAAAAUCAUUUACAGCAGCAUGGAUUCCCAAAUGAAAUCCACCUGGCCUGUGCUUUGUGAAGCCAAGGGUUGUGUUUCAGCAAUUUUUUAGCAUAGAUUCAGUUACAAGGGAGGUACUUGGAUAUGAUAUAGAAAACAAUUACUGGAGGCAUGUUAGCAACUUUGGAAUUGCUGAUUACAUCACCCAGCUUAGGUUGUCCUUGAAUUUGAUUUACUUAAGUCUGAUGUAUUUUGUCAGAAUGUAAUUUGAAGGACUUAUUUGAAGGUACAUUCAAUGCACCUUUCCCAGCUUGGUGGCAAAAGGCUCAGGGACUAUAAACAACAAGAAGAUGUAUUUUAGUCAAGGACUAAGGUUGUCUUCCAACAUUUGUUUGCAAUAAAGGUGCUUAAUUGGAACAGCUCAUCUUAAGAGUGUUUUCUGUAUUCUUCUGCUCCUAAAUUUACACAAAUUUCUGUUUUUCUCAAACUUUCAUGUGCUCUGUUGAAGAAUUUCACAACUGCUCUUCCACAGGCAAUGGGUUGAUCCCUUGCUAUUGCCUUUUAUGAAGUAACUAAACUGUUUUUUGGGGAUGUAGGGCUUUUUAAUUUUCUUCAAAGAGCUGUACUUAUGCUGUUAACUUCAAGCUUUGUAUCUUACGGUUUGACUGGCUCUAAUGAAGAAAACAGUGUAAUUUUCAUAACUCUGAAUUAAGAGUAUGCUUGACUAAUACUAAACAAACAAGCAAUUUCAUAAUUUGUUUCAUGAAAAAACUUGCUUCCCCAAUUUGAGUAAUUAUGAGAAACAUAAGUCAUUUUUCUGUAACAUCAAACUUUGUUGAAGUGAAUUGUUUAUCCUCUCAGUGGAACAAGCCACUAUUGCUAGCCCAGAUAAUAAACAUUUAGAAACUGGUCCCUACAGUACCAAGACCUAAAAAUCUUGGGGCUGCCAAGAUAAGGAAAAAAAAAGAAAGCUCAAACCAUCAAAUUAUGAAGAAUAAUAGUAUGAGGUAGUUAGAAGUACAGUAAACAGAUCUGUUUUCAACCAGUUUAUUUUGCCUAUAAUUAUUGUCCCCAUAUGUGUCUGAUUGCUCCAAUUACAGGACGGUUGUGCUUUGUGGUUUCCUGUCAGCCAAAUUAAAAAGUACAUUUUCUAAAGAUGCCAGAAACUAAAAUCCAGUGAAUUCACAAGGCAUUCCCCUGUAUUUUGUUAGUUCCUAUGAUAUUUGCCUGCUUAUUUUGAUGUGCUACUGUUUGACAAUAAAUACAUCCUUAAUGUUCCUG